CCUCGCCAUCACCCCCCCCCCACCACACAGUAGAUCCUACGAAAGCCCUCGCCAACGCCCCGGCACGCGUGUACCACCCGUCGGACGAGACGACCCGGUGGCGCGGCGGCGGCGGUCCCCAACACGGUUCACUAUCCGUCCGCUCGUUUAAAACCGUGUACGCGUGUGGUGCGACAAAUCAGAUCGCUGUCCGACUCGUCGCCGGCAACAAGUAAUAAUAUAAUAUUGGCGAUCAAAAUAUAAUAUAGUAUUAAACUGUAACCGCGUUAUAGCCUAUUACAGGCAGACUGCGGACGUUUUUACACCAGCGCAGAUGACCGACAGAACAUCGGCAUCCAAAGAGGAAGAACACUGCAUUGAUUGGAUCGACCUUGAAGACGUUCGAGAUCAAGAAAAAAUUUGGCUAAAAAGAAUGAUGUCAACUGAUAAGUUCCUUGUACCAGGAAAUGAAGAGCAGAAAAUAAGUAGCGUUGUGUUCGAAGCGCCGAUGUCUGAAUUGAAAAGUAAUUAUACAUUUGAUUCGUUACAAGAAAAAUCAUUGGCAGGUACGGCUGAACAGAACCAAUUAUAUGAACGUCAGCCAUGGCAGAAACUUGUAUCAAUAUUCUUAGCUGAACUGUUUGGUACUGCAUUUUUAAUGUUCUUUGGUUGUAUGGGAUUAGUUCCUAAAUAUCCAGGCGGUGAACUUGGUCAAUACAGUGGUGCUAUUGCAUUUGCUGGAAUUGUAGCUGUUACUAUUGUUAUUAUUGGUCGCAUCAGUGACUGUCAUAUAAAUCCGUGUGUUACAUUGUGUGCAUUAUUGCUCGGUAAAUUACCAAUAUUAACAUCUAUUGUUUAUUUCACUGCUGAGUUUUUAGGAGCAAUCAUCGGUUAUGGAGUGUUAGUGGCUAUUUCACCUUAUAAUAUAUUGAAUUCAUCAGAUUCUGGAGUUUGUGUAACAAGCCCAGUUGUUGGAUUAACUACAUGGCAAGCCCUUUUAAUUGAAGCUAUAACAACUGGAGUUUUAAUACUUCUAGUAUGUGCUGUUUGGGAUCCUAAAAGUGGUAAUGGAGAUUGUGGUUCUCUGAAAUUUUUAGUUAUGAUAUUCCUGACAUCAGUUGUUGUUGGCCCCUUCACUGGAAAUAGUUUGAACCCAGCACGGUCAUUAGCACCAGCAAUUUACAACAAUUCAUGGAAUAUGCAUUGGAUAUACUGGGUUGGUCCAUUCUCCGGAACAAUAACAUCAACACUUUUCUACAAAUAUAUUUUUAUGGCAUUAGAUAAUGAAGAACGAGAAAAAUAAAGUGAUAUUGUUUUUUUAAUAGACUUAGUAUCACAUAUAUGACAGCGCUCAAAUUCAGUUCCGUUGUACUUCUUUUACAUUACAUGCUGAAGUCAGUAUAAAAUGUGUUCUGAAAUAUUCUUUAUGAUACAUUCAUCUCUAUGAUUAAUUAUCUACUUAAUUAUUUUUUUAUCUCCAUCAAAUUAUUUAGUCUUUUAACUGUUUGAUUUAAUUCUACUAGAUUUUUUUUCCUACUGUAUAUGAGUUUUCUUUAUACAUAAGCUAUGUAUACUAUAUACAUCAAGCUAUCUACAGUGUUGUUUACUAACAGUAUUAUGUAGAUUUAUUUAAGUAAAAUUAACUGAUAUUUAU